UGUCUGCGCUUGUCUUCUGAAGACUUCACUUUGACAUUUGGAGCAUGUGUGAACGAGGCGGCGGCGCGGAGCGGAGCGGCCAUCCCUGAAACACCGGGGGUAGGCGAAGUGACGCAGCAAUUCCCCCGAUGUAUUUUUAAUCCAUCAGUCUCUUCUGUGAGGAAUUGUCUCAUGUGAGUGCAGUCAUCAUGACAUCGGUUUGGAAGAGACUUCAGCGCGCUGGCAAAAGAGCGUCGAAGUUCCAGUUCGCCGCGUCCUUUCAAGAACUCACCGUUGAGUGCACUAAGAAGUGGCAGCCAGACAAACUGCGAGUGGUUUGGACCAGACGAAACAGACGCAUCUGCAGCAAGCUACAUGGCUGGCAGCCAGGUAUCAUGAACCCAUACAGGGGGACUGUGGUUUGGCAGGUUCCCGAGAGCGUGGACAUCACUGUCACUCUUUUCAAGGAUCCAAAUGCAGAUGAAUUUGAGGAUAAAGACUGGACCUUCAUCAUAGAAAAUGAAACAAAGGGCCACCGAAAAGUUUUAGCGUCAGUGGAUGUGAACAUGAAGAAGUACACGAGCGCGACCCUGGCUCAGUUUGACCUGACACUUACACUGAAGCCUCUGUCUGUCAAAGUGUUGGACGCCACGCUUAAACUCACCCUGUCCUGUGUCUUCCUGAAGGAGGGCAAAGCUACGGAUGAAGACAUGCAAAGUCUGGCGAGUCUGAUGAGUUUGAAGCCGUCUGACAUUGGAAACCUGGAGGACUUCAAUGACAGCGAUGAAGAGGAGGACAAAAGAAUGUUUGCAGCGGUGAAAAUGGCCACAGCAGUAAUAGCUCCUCUUCCUCCAGCUAGGAGAAUACAUGACAAGGCCUGGAGACCUGCUGUAGACACAGGUUUCUCUGACACAGAGCAACACAGACAGUUAAGUGUAUUAGCGGAGGAGGAAUGUCCCAAUACAGUGUCUUCUGCUGAUGAGGAUGCAGAUGUUCAUCAGAACUAUGAACCCCAACCUCACAGAGCAGGAGUCAUCCGUACAGCCAACCAUAGAACAAACAGCAGUUUGGACAAGCAACGGCCUGUUUCUGGACUAGAGGUUGUGCGGCCUGCAAAAGGGCCACAACAUCAUUUUGUCCAAGACAUCUCUCUUUUCAUCCAACGGACUAAGGACGAAUUGCUGGAUGCAGAGAAACCACCUAUGCCCUUACUGUCUUCAAAUAAUUCUCAUGACCCAAGAACUGUCACAGAACAGACCAUUUCAGGUUCAAAAGAACAUGUGGCACCAAGAAAGACUAAGAAAGACAUUCUUCAAGAGACAUUUAGGUUAUCAACAUCAAUUUCCAAUCCAGCUAAGCCAACUGCUCAGAGCAGCAACUUCUCUGUCAUAAAACAAACUGAUCAUUAUUCUCAGAGAACAUCACAUAAUGUACAGCCAGGUGGAGCACUCACUUCAGCUACAAAAGAUAAUGGUCCAUCUUUAGAAACAGAUUGUUUGAUUAAUAAACCUGUCCCACUGAAAAGUGCUUCUUUUUCUGAAAAUGUGGUGAGAGUAUCCACAAUUGAGAUUUGUUCACCUGAACCCAAAGAGAACCCCACACCCAAAGAAAUGAUAGUAUCAUUUCACAGAAACAGUGGAGAAAAUGUUCCCCUUAUGCCUCAAAAAGACACAGUAACACAAUUACGUGGUCCUCAGUGGCGGAAGAGUAAUGCUCAAACCAGCAAAGUUGAUGAAGCCAGUGGAGAGUUUGAAGAAAAGAGCACAAUGCCUACUGUCAUCACAAAUAUGUCUCAGUCUGAAGACACAAGAAAGACUCAAGCUGGUGAUCAAUUGAAUGUGAAAGAUCAGGUACAACUGGAUCUGAAUGUUCCUGAGGCGCUGGAAGUGAAACUGCGAAUCAAAUGCACUGGUCUUCCAGUCCCAAUGCCACGUGUGAAGAAAUGUCUCAGUGGAUCUUUUACAGAUGAUAUUCCUUCUCCUUCAUCCACCCCUCCAUCUCAAGCCGGUUCAGACAACAUUGCUCCUCAAACAGAGGACCAUCAAGAUUCAAGUCUUCCAGUCCCAUUGCCACGUAUGAAGAAAUGUCUCAGAGUUUCUUUUCCAGAUGCUCUUCCAACCCCUUUAUCCACUCUUCUUUCUCAAGCAGAUUUAGACAAAAUUUUUAACAAGACAGACAACCAUCAAAAUUCAAGUCUGCUAGUCCCAGUGCCACGUGUAAAGGAACAUCUCAGUGCAUCUUUUCCAGAUUUUCUUCCAGCCCCUGCAUCCAACCCUCCAUCUCAAGCAGAUUCAGACAAUAUUGUUUUGGAAACAGAAUACCAUCAAGAUUCAAGUCUGCCAGUGCCAAUGCCACAUGUGAAGAAACGUCUCAGUGGUUCUUUUCCAGAUGAUCUCACUGUUCCCUCAAGGUGUCUACUACCUCCUGUAGAUUUACUUGACAUAGGAGUCCUUGAGAGAGGACCAAGUGAAACGAGUAUGCCUGUCCCAAUUCCCCACUCAGAGAAACUCAAUGACAAGUUCUCUGAUGAGAACCUUCCCAGCUUACCUCAAGAUUCUUACUCUGCAGUCUCAGAAGAAGCCGAGCUUCCUAUCUCAGAAAAUGAUCAAUGUUCUGUUGAAGUGGCUACACACUUGAGGGUAGACGCAGGGAUAGAGAGUCUUGAAGAUUCCACCCCCUCAAGUGCCAAUGAAGUAGAGCUAAACAGAAAAAGCCUGGAGGAGUCUGGUAUUGAACAUGUUGGGCAGAUAGAAUCUGAUGUGACCGAUAUUUGUGAAAAACCCAAGACUGGUGCUCCACUUGGUGAACAUUGUGAGGACAAAAGGGGAACAGAGCAACAAACUGAAAAAUAUCCAUGUGUUGAGAAAGACAAGAGUGCUGUGCAUUUUGGAGAGGUUGUAGAUGAAACGGGUGUUAUCUUAAAUGUCUUUAGACAAGCAACAGCUGAAGAUUCCUCCAGUCAUCCUGUGCCAAUGCCUCGUGUGAAGAAACGUUCAAGUGCCUCUUUACCAGAAGAUGCCUCCAUUCCCAGUUCCUCAUCAGCCAGUCAAAGUACGGUUUCAGAAAAGGCCAAUAAUGAGCCCACAGUGCCUGUUUGUAAUAAACGAAGAGCUGCAGCAGAUGCCAUAGACCUUCAGGGAAGUUCCACAGCUCACACAUCACCAACCAGUGAAACAGAGAUUGGGACCUUGGUGAAUUCCAGUCAGUCUCUGUUGGAAUGGUGCCAAAAGGUCACACAAGGUUACAAAGGCGUCCGCAUAUCAAACUUCAGCACCUCAUGGAGAAACGGCCUCGCUUUCUGUGCCAUCCUGCAUCACUUCCAUAAAGAUAAAUUGAAUUAUGAAAUGCUGGAUCCAUAUGACAUUAAGCGCAACAACAAGAAGGCGUUUGAUGGCUUUGCUGAACUGGGCAUCUCUAGGUUGAUAGAGCCUUCUGACAUGGUGCUGCUGGCAGUGCCUGACAAACUCAUCGUGAUGACGUAUCUCAACCAGAUCCGCACCUAUUUCACCGGCCAGGAGCUCAGUGUCAUACAGAUCGAGAAGAACAGCAGCGAAUCCAGUUACGCUGUUGGUGAGAAGAGGGAGGAAGCCGACUCUGAAGCCGCUGUUCGCUACUGUGCCGAAAGGCUCCAGAGCAGCGGCAUCACUCUAGAGACCAAUGGAAGCUUCGCUGAAAAGGAAGUCAAAGGAGGUGCUGGUGUUUUGGUGCCACCUCCAAGAACGAAGCGAGCGCAGGGCCCAAGCCAGGCUCAAGGAUCAGGGGCCACUCAGCCUCCAGUGGCACCACCCAGAAAGGCCUUUUCUCAUCUCAAGGAUGCAGAUCUUGUUAAAAAGCGUAGAUCAAAGCUGCGGGGAGAGUCAAUGGAUGAGCCUGAACCACAUGAACAGCAGAGUGGUACAGAGGCUGCAUCAGUCCAAGCAGAAAGUGAAGCAGUCAAAGGAGGUUCAGAGUCACAAAAUGUAGAGAAUGUUGAAGAUGCUACUGCAGGAGGGAAUCAGGAUGGCAGCCAAUAUGUCCUUAGUGAGAUUCAGGCACUGGAGACUGAACAGAAGCAGAUAGAUUGCAGAGCAGACAUUGUGGAGAAGAAACUAAAAAGACUUAUGGAAUCUGGUAGUGAUCGUGUAGAAGAAGAAACACUGAUUCAGGAGUGGUUUACCCUGGUCAACAAGAAGAAUGCUUUGAUCAGGAGACAAGACCAUCUGCAGUUACUGCAAGAAGAGCAAGAUUUGGAGAAAAGGUUUGAGCUGCUAAAGAAAGAGCUUCAUGAUUUAAUGGCUGUGGAAGAAUGGAAGAAAACCGAGGCCCAUAAAACCAGAGAGCAGCUGUUGUUGCAGGAGCUGGUGUCUUUAGUCAACCAGAGAGACGAGCUUGUGCAUGACAUGGAUGCCAAAGAGAGAGGGGCUCUUGAAGAGGACGAGAGGUUGGAGAGAGGACUAGAAAUGAGGCGCAGGAAAUUUGGAAGUCAGAAAGAGAAGUGUGUGUUACAAUGAGGGAUCCUGUGCACCUGCUUUUAUCAAAGUCUCUGUAAGAAAAAAAAAAGUCAUGUCACUCAGCGGCCAUCUUUGAAACGCCUCUCGGGCAUCCAAGUGCAGCUCCUAUCUCUUUGAACGGGGAAACAUUAAAUUCUCCAAAACUCUUCAACAAGUUUAGGAUUAAAUUUCAUAUUUGAAAUCACCAAAUAAAUCUGACAACAACUGUGCCUUAAAUGUUGUUACUUUUGUUUAAAUAGUGUUAUAAAAAGCUUAUUUCUCAGGCUAGAUCAGCAAAUGUGCAUGCGCAGUCCUAAGAGUACGCCUCAGAGCGCUGACUGUUUCAAUAGCAACCAGGACUUCUAAGGCAGCUGCUGACUUUACAGAUUUGCGAUUGGCUCUUUCAUUCAGAAGGCGGGGCUUCCUGCGAUUGAGCGAGAAGGGUAUAACUGCAGCCUGGACAUCUCCAAAUAGAGGCGGGAACUCCAAAACAGGGCGGGAGCUCCAAAAUUGGGCGUGGCUUCCUCCCAUUGACAGACCAGCGCAUGACACGCAUGCACAAUUUUUUCCCUAAUCCACUUCAGUGCAAACUCCACCCCACAACUGAUUCUUGAGUUUUUAUUGGUUUUGUCAGUUAAAGUGUUUCCUACACUAUGCAAAAAAAAAAAAAAUGCUAACCCCUAAACCUACCCCACACCUUACCUUAACCAGUGAAAAUGACUGAAUGGCAGGAUUGGCGCUGAAUAGUGUGGUAAAGAAAGUUCAGGACAUAAACAGUUAAUACGAUUAUUCGAUAUGCGAUGGCACCUUUUUAGUUACACCCAGCAUCACUACCCCCUCCUAGCCUGUGAAUUUCGUGCCCCGGGACGACCCCGUUGCUUGGAAUAAAACGUUAAGAGUAAAAUCUUUCCCCUCCUCUGGGACGGCUCCUGAAUGAUUCCCGUUUACAUCAUGAAGCAGAGGUUCAGACUCGGGUCCAGACACCACUGGCCACAAGCUUUGGGCUCUGCUCUCAUAUGGAGAACAUUUAUUUAUAUAGCAUUAUUUUAUUUUAGAUGAUCUAGAAACAAUGUUUAAUUUAUAAAGUUUUAUUUUGAAAUGCAAGUCAGUAACAAUUGGCUGAAGCCACAGCCAAUGGUGAAAGUCAUUGCGAAAGGAGACCCUGCCCCAUCUUGGAAGUUCUGCCCAAUUUUUGGAAUUCACGGCCCGUUUUGGAGAUCUCCGGUCUGCAGUUAUACCUACUUGGAUUGAGCGGCCAUACUGAGCGUUGCAUUGUUCCCCAUUCAAAACUAUAAGAGUGACAUAUCUUGGGUAUUCCAUAGUCUUUGCUUUUAUACAGGAAAGUCCCAUGUUAAAUCCUCUGCUGAUGGACUAGUGACUGGGGUGUGUGUGGACCAUAUCACAACAAAUGACAAGGAGAUCGAGCAGCAUGAAUGCUCAUUUCAGGGUGGAUUAAAAGUUGUCUUAUUUUGGAGACCUUUUUAGUUUUAGAAUAUUUGUCUGAAAAAGUGAAAUAGACAGUUGUAAUGUCCCAUAGUCUUCUGAUAGCAGUUCUUGUUUUACAUUUUCAAUAAAAUAAUAUACAUGUAGCCUUUGCAGUUUUAUUACCUUAACUUGUUUGUAUAAGUUGGUUGCUGCAGGGAUUUUUAAGGUAUCUCAAAGAUAUGUAAAAUAGUACAGUAUAAGUUUAAACAGAGCAUUCAGUUUUAAAUGUCACUGUUGUGUUACAAGGAGAUUAUGUUAAGUUAUGCAAGUCAUACAUUAAACUAACCUAACAAGCAGACAAUACAGCACAAAAGCAUGGGAGAAAAUCCAAAUUUUGCACAAAAUUACUCUAUUAAGGCACCCUUUUUAUGGAUAUCAUUUGCACACUAUGAUCCCAACAAUGCUUCUCCAAGUACUGUUACAAUGGUUGCCUGUUCUAUUUGAAGAGCCCUGCUUUAAUGGCCAUGUUCACACCGCAGGAGAAUACAGUUGUCAGUCCUGUAUCUGAUUCCUGAAUAUGUUUAUGUUCAAACAGUACAGUUAUUUACAGUAUUCUGUAUGCAACUCAAAUGCUCCAAAUGUGACAAUUUGAUACUCACACUUGUAAGUAAUUGUGGUUGUCAAACCCCAAAACUGACAAUGUGAACGUAGCCAAUAUCAAAGAACAUGGAAAAUGCAUAGAAUCUGUAUAGAUGCAUAGAAUCUGUCAGAGUAUGCACAUGAAGUGUUAGCAUUUUGUUUUAAAAUAUCUGAAUGAAAAAAAAAUUGCAUAGCAUUUAUAUAACAUCAUCUUUCAUCCAUGUAUGGGACAGAAUGCAGACGCACUCCCAGAACUUCAGAAGAAUUGGUGUGUGUGAUAACUAUUUUGAUUGACUGGUUGUUUAGAGACUCGGCUUUUUGAUUUGAUGUCAUCGUUGGCCCUGUUUACACUUUUUGAAGUUGUGAAUUGUUUUUGGAAAGUCCUGUUGUCAGCUAACACACUACAGCUGACACGUCUUUUGGGAAAUAAAAUUGUUUUCUAAUUCUGAA